CAGCCGCAGUUGCUUGUGCACUUUCCGCAGCUUUACGAAGCUGACCGGCAGAAAGGAUGGCUUGGGCUCUACGCUGCAGAAGACAGUGGCUGUAGUGAGGACUUGGCUCGCUUCCCCCUGGGCGGUGACGAGGGUUGCCCUCUGGUCUGGACUCUAGAUCUCACCGCCCUCGUGGCUCUUAGUAAACGCGGAUGCGGUGCUCUUGUCGUGCGUCACAUCCACGACGAAACCAUUCAUGCCGCCUCUGCACCAUUCCAUCUCAAACUUCUACACAGCCUAGAACAAAACGAAGUGGAAGCUGAACUGCUGCUAGGAGAAGGCAGUUUGCAGGCAGACAGUCAACGUUUGGAUCAAUCUCACCAAAAAUCUGCGGUUAAAGAAAUUAUCUCUGAAAUAUCAUCUGUGAAUGAGAACGCUCAUAAGUGUUUAGUUUCGGACUCUAUCUCCGGUGAUACAGAAUCCACUUCUAUUCGGUGUACGCCUGAUUCUGUAGAUGAAUUACAAAAUUCGAGAUAUAAGGAGAAAGCUGCAUCUUUAUAUUCUCCUGAAAAUGCAAUAGACCUGGUAACCGAUUCUGGCCAUGGAAUCAAAUUGAAAUGUGCGCAAGAUGAAUCAAAUAAUAAGUCUAUGACAGUGGCGUCCGUUGAAGAACCUGCAUUUGCGUGCAAUUCCAUCGUUGCGCUUGAAUCUACCGGCAACUCUUCGUCAAAGGAAUUUGUUGAAAAUUCCGUUACUUCUAAGUGUCACAAAGAAUCCUCAUCUUGCGGUUGUGCAUCCGAUGUGUUAGAAGAAAGCGUUCCGUGUAAACCUGUUCUUAAUUCGAUUGCUGCCAAAGAGACGAGUUCGGCAGUCGCGAGUGUUGUAUCUGCCUCAGACUCGUCUGAUGACGAAGCAUGCCAACGAGUGUUGACAGAAGUGGGUGGCUCAUGUCCAUAUCUACUGAAGUUUUCCAUUAAAAACAUCGAUUGCGUUGGCUUGAAAAAAUGGCCGUUUUGUAGCGACGAUCCACACGUAAAGUUGCGAGUUGUUCCCUCAUUGAUCUCUGAAACUCCGGCAACAACGACGCCGUGGUUAGGUCGUAGUAGGAGUGCCAGCAAAGGUAAAACUAAUAACCCUAGUGUUGUGAGAACUUCAGGGUGUGAUAGUAACGCUGCUAGUGUCCAUAAAGUGAAGUCAGUGAGCGAGUCUGAAGACGAUAAACCAAGGCACGAGAAACGAGCAACGUUGCUCCCUCACCAUCGUCUCGAGAUCAAAAGCCGCCUUUCCGAAACCAAAAUUAACGCUGUGCAGCUGCAGGGGCACGUGUCUGAGUACGUGCAAUUAUCCGUUAAGUCGCGCCUUGGGAGAUCAGGGCCGGGCUUUACGCGGCAUCACGGCACUACUCUUGUACCUCUGGCACUGCUGCGUCACAAGGCGAUUGGGAGCACGGGCUUCGAACACUGCUUUGCGCUGUCGUGUAGCUCUGCCCCGUCGGCUGCAACGUCUUCGAAGUGUCUUCCAACUGAACUUGCUUCAGCUGGUCACAUCUCUUUCAGCGUUGCCUUCAGCCCACCACCCGUGCCCUCAGAGGAACCUUGCACUCACCAUCAGGGCUUGAAAUGCCCCUGGGACAACAACCAUCUUGCUGGGACUGAUAGCGAUCGUGGUAUUGAAAAUAGUUCAAACGCUGUUACUACUUCAGCUGACGCCUCAACUUACAAAUCUUCGUGCUUUCGUAAUUUGAGUUCCGAGAAUGUGACGAAUAACAAAGUGCUUGAGGAAACUCUUCCUUCAAACCAAAGGAUAAACAGCCAAGUUCUCAGUCUCGGCAACACAAUGAAGCUCGUCGAUGACGAAGGCGGGCGCUCAUGUAGCCCUGUUGUUACGGUCGGCAGCGAUUGUGGUCUUCACAAUGAUCUUAAUCAAUCGGUCACGCCUAGAUCACGACCAUGCAGUCGAGAUCUUUCUCUUGACCGAUCACGCGAAUCUGAAUGCGUCAGGUUUGAAAGUCCCGUUGACGUGUCGGGUCCAGAAUCGUUGUCUUCGAAUGAAGCCACAACGAACGUUCCUUGUCACUCAAGAGGAUCCUCUACGGACUCGGCCAUAAACGGUAACGAAAUUUUGACUGAGGCCACUAAUCUUGUGAACCGAGCUCCGACAGGCUUUGAUAGAGGAAAUUUACAAAUUAUAAGCAAGAAAAAACUUGAGAGUAAAGUAAACAAAACGAAGGAUGAUGGCAGCGAAGUGUUGUGCAAAAGUUCAAAGGGCGUUUAUACGAAAGCCGAACGGGAUAUUCUGCUCAUGAACGGUCAUGUCAUACAAGGAAAAGAGGCAAUUCAGAAAACUCUCCUCACAAACGGUUAUGACGCAAAGUUGGCUAAGGAAAAUGAAUCCUCUAGAAUACACAUCGGAGAACCAAAAACGAACCUUGCGUUAAAAAUGAAGAAUGUCGUCAGUAAAAUAAAUGUCAAAGAUUCUGCGGACUUUGUGCGUGGUGAAUCUGACUACUCCCCUAUCUGGAAGUAUUCUAGCCGCAAGUUGGAAAUGGAAGACGGGAAACGCAAGAAAGAGGUUAUCUACGAGACUGUGUAUCCUAUGGACGACCUGGAUGAUGCGAGCUCGUGCCUCACCAGUUCGGUGGAGUCCAUUGCAUCAGGUGCUCCUGAAGAGGCGCCCCUCAGUGGGGAUGGCUCUUCUGAAGACAAUCCUCCUCCUCUCCCUCCACGCACAAAGUCUUUGACUAAAUCCUCUCUUUCAGGAUCUGGUCAUAGACCACUGGAGCGGCGCAUGGCUUUGCCUUUCUUGGCCCAUAAAAGAGCUGUACCAGGACCUCCUUUGGACCGACUCAAUAAACCCAGUGACAAACGAACAAAACUUGACCGGAAACUCGACGAUGACGAGACACUCGAAUCGGCGGUCCUGGUGACUGGGGUUGUUGAGGGUCCAGAAAGAGUCGCGGUGGCUCCCAAACCCGUUCAACGCUGCAAGCCUUCUGCGGCCGACGAAGCCAGACCCAACGCUAACGUAUCACGCACUUCCAGUGGAGGAGACAGCGUCCAGUCUGAGCCAAGUGUGAGGCCCAAACAGACUGCAGCUGCCAUGAGAACUGAAGCGGACCAAGAUAAUUCUUUUUCAUACGACAUAGUUGACCUGGACGAAGUUGGAGGCAGUUGCAGUUCUCUCGGUUCUAGUGCAAGUGCGAGCUGCCUUGAGAACCGCUUCGAGAGCACUGCAUGUCCUGUGAAUUUGAUGAGUACUGAGCAGAACACGAUUAAAAUUGUCGAAAAAAAUAGAAAUGCCUUACCUGGUGAUAUUGACUGCAAAAAUCCGGAUUCCAAUUUAAAAAAUAGAUCUCAAAGGACGUCAGAUGAACCGUGUUCGCAUUGUAAUUAUUUACAUUUGAAGAAGGACUGUAAUGUCGAUAGAAGCGGUGAUGUAUCUUCCGCUUUGCUUUGUUUUUGCAAGAGUUGGGCGAGUAGUGACGGAAGUGAAGCCGACAUAGUGGCAAGUGAAGACGCUCGUUUAAGUUCAUGUCCUCAUGUGAUAACUGAGUCUAGUCAAGGGCAGCACAAACCGGUAUCCACUGUUGAUCCCGAUAAAUCUAGUUUGUUUCAUAAAUGUGGAAAGAGUUCGCACCUCGAGGACACGCCUUGUAAACCAGAUCUCAUAGAAGUAGUUACGAAUUCCGGGAACGAAACUGAGACGAAUAAUGAAACCCAGAGCAUCAUGUCUGCAACCACUCCGACAUCUGAGGAGCCUACCAACGACGAAACUUUUCACGCAAGUGAAAGUGAAUGUAACGCGACCGUGAGCAGCUCUAACUCUCCCGUCCGACGUGUCCGGGACACUGUGAGGGGACGUAAGCGCAGCACCUCGUCUCAUCGUCGAGCGAGCGACUCAUCCACAAGAUGCCCCAGCAGCACCUCUCGCCCCGCAAGUUUAUCUUCCCAUGCCCCAAGCGACUCGCCCCACCGCCUUAGCGGGUGCUCUCAGCAGAGCGACAGCUUUCCCGAGCCUUACUGGGGGCACGAGCGCGAAGACCUCAUGGUGGGAUGCUCCGAGUCUACGUGCAUGGUGACGAGCGUGGCAUCUUCCACGUCGAGUUCGGUGUUCGCCAGUCCAACAUUGGAGAACUGCGUGCUCGUGCCUUCGUCCAUCGAGAGUGUUUUGGCGGAUCAACACGCUCUGGAUUGCGGGAUUCUAUCGUCUGCAGUGAGCGAGGUCACGCGAGAGAGCGCCACAGCUUUGUUAUGUCAUAUCGAUGCAAACAACGAUGGAAGCAACACCUACGAUGCUCACCCCUGCCAGUCGCUGCAUCACAGCAGAUGCUGUGCCUUGUCCGUAACCCGAGAGGAGGACCACAUUUUUGCACUUAGCCAAAGUUCUCCUGACCAUGAGCAGGAAGACGAGGAGCCUCCCGCAGUCCCUCCCCAUCGGCCAAAUUCUUCGAUGCUAAAUAUUCUACGGUGUCCUGACUUGCCUGAUAGGUCACUAUCGCAAGGGAGCCACACGCCCAGGCCCCCUGAGCGGACCACCAGCGAAGGACGUGUUGUGCACGUUGGUAAGGUGCCUGAUGGAGGCACUGGGGCGAGGGAAGCGUCUGAUGCAGGCACUGGGGCGAGGGAGGCACCUGAUGAAUGCACUGAGGCGAGGGUGGCGUCUGAUGCAGGCACUGAACCGAAGGAGGGAACGCUGGACGUGGAAUGCGCUCGCAUUCCACUCGCAUCUCCACGCUCGCAUCUCAAGCUCGCUCCUGCAGCCGGCGACGCGGAAACACUACCCCAGUCCUAUCGAGAAGCAACCGAUGUCCUCUCAGCUGUUCUCGACGCCAGCGCUCCUGCAAACUGCUACAGCCAGCUGUGGACCAUCGAUUCAGGGACAACACAGCGGGAGACGUCAGGCGCAGAGCAGAACGUCUCAUCAACCUCAGUUGAGUCUGGCAAAUCUGAAGCACGGGUCCCUGUUGCACCGCCACGGCCGAGCAAGAUGGCUGCUACUGUCGAGACUGAAAAUCAGACAGUGACUAGUGUUCAGUCAGAGAACAACACGGUGGCCGCGGCCGAGGCCUUGAAUCUGGAAAAAACUGUCGAAGCAAAAGACUGUUUUUCAUCUGAAGAAAGAACGAGUGAUGCAGGUCAAUCAAUUUCUUCUGAUGUAAGAGAAAGUGAGGAGUGUAAUGUUGAUCCGAAACCAGAAUUGGAGCUUGACGAAAUGAGCGUGACCGAGGCUGGAGAAGCACCACAACCGAUUUGCUGUGAUGACGAUGGUAAUGAUGGUGACGCUGAUGUUACUGUUCGUCAAGAUGCACUGGCAGAUGUGAAUAGAAUUGUCGAUGAUGAUGUGACGUCACCACGCAGCAAGACGUUCUGCAGGAAAGUGGCUUACUAUGGCAACAAGCGCCGCGACUCCUGGCACCAGAUACGGGCCUCCCUCGACGCUUCUGCCUCCGUCGGGAGUUCGGCUGCAGCAUCCGAUGCCAACGAUGAAUCGCGCGACUCUUCGUCUCCUCCAGCUUACCCGUGUGAACUUUCAUCCUUGAACAACCCACAAGAUCCCUCGUCUGCUUUUGGUGACGCCACCGACGCCGCAUCAGCUCUUGACUGUGAUGUCAACUCCUCGCUUUCGACGCACCACUACGAGGCAAUUUCAGGCGUCACCUCCGUCAGUUCAUCACAAGCGUCCCGCGAUUCGCAUGUCCAAUCACCUCCACCAGUUGACGCAGCUACUGUCAUGUUAUCGCUUAGAGGAGAAUUUCCUCGAGCUGUCCGACCUUCUGACAUUAAUUCCCCUCAGUCAGCGAGGGUCGCCGCCUCCACGUAUCUACCUCCUCGUGCAGCUCCUCCUCCUCUUCCCCCUCCUCGACCUGCAAGUCGCUCCUCGCGGGGCGUCCUCCCCCUGCCAGAGUGCCGGAGCUCAACUCCCCCUCAACUGCCGCCCCCUCUCUCGGGCACGUGUUUGGGGGGAGCGCGGGCCCGACACCAGGGAUCCGGGUUACUCAACAAUCAAUGGGCCUCUGCAGGAAGUCCCAGUGAAGAAUCAGCUCCAGAAGACGGUCCUUUGGAUGCUGCAGCUUCUGAAGAACGUGUUAGCGACACAUUAGGUCUGGGCACCAGAAGUCACGACACGAGUACGCGCCUUCCGUCCAUCCCAGAAAGGAGCGUGAGAAUGCAGCGAGUGAACAUCCCUCCUGGGGAGGAACCUCUUCCCUCGAAGUGGGAAGCUCGUAUAGACACUCACGGUCGCAUCUUCUACAUCGACCACGUGAACCGCACGACGACGUGGCUACGGCCGUCCUGUGCCACAGCACAGAACCACGUCUCCAACUGCCACAAACUGCAGCGUCAACAGUUGGACCGUCGCUACCAGAGCAUCAGACGUACCAUCUCGUCCAGACGCCCAGAACUUGAUGAGCUUCCACCCACGCCCAUGCAGGGACGAUCGCCACUAGCACCUCUCUCUACGCCCGAUCUCAUCCCUCCUAACACGUUUGCUCCAUCACCUCCUUGUUCAUCAUCGUUCGCUUCUCCUCCGUCAUCCUUAGCACCUUCUCCUCCCACCAUCACCCUUGUUUCCCCUCCUCCCUCUUCUCAAAGCACCUCUCCUCCUACUAUUGCUGGGGCUAGACCGCUUUCCUCUCCAACCUCUGCUCCUCUUCUCCAGCCUGAUGUGAGUGGACCCUCAGAAAGCUCAGUUUCAGAACGACGGGAACUCUUAUUGCAGCUUCCUGCUGUCAAAUUCUUAUCGAGACCAGACUUUUUCCUCAUUUUGAACACAAACCCGUGUGCGAGCGCAAUGUAUGAGCGCAGUAGCAGCCUACGCCACAUGAUUUCAAGGAUCCGACGAGAUGGACUAGCGUUUGCUCGCUACCAACACAACCGCGACCUGGUGACCAUCGUUAACCUCUUCGCAGACCGUGACCGCGAGUUGCAGUCAAACUGGGAGGCCAAGUACGACCGCGCUGGUAAAAUGUUUUUCAUUGAUCACACCAGCAAGACAACUACCUUCAUGGACCCUCGUCUUCCAACUGAACCUGACGAACCUGUGGGGGCCUCGUCAAUGCCCUCUGGCAGGCUGUCGGUUCCCCCGCAGGGCGCUCACCGUUCAUCCAGAGGCAACACUGGCGACUCGACGAUCCCUCCUCCACGACCUGCGACUACGAUAGGCGGCCUCAACAGCAACCAGUCGAGCGGGCUGUCCCUGCCCACCGCCUACAACGAGAAGGUCGUAGCCUGGCUACGGCAGGCUAAUAUCAUGGACAUAUUGUGUGAGCGCCAGAGCAGCCUUAGGAACGCCGCCAGUGCUCCACUAAGAGAGAAAAUUGCGGCUCUUCGUCAGGAGGGAACCACGGCGCUCACAAGACUUUGUCAUGACAUCGACCUCACCAUACUGCUCAGUUUAUUCGAGCACGAGAUCAUGACGUACGUACCGCCGGCGUUCAGCUCACCCUCGCCCUCACCUUCUCCUCAAGCCUCUCCAGCCCUCCCUCGCGCCGUCAGAGCCCCGGCUCCCUACCGAAGAGAUUUCGAAACCAAACUGAAGAACUUCUACAGAAAACUCGAGGCAAAAGGUUUCGGCCAAGGUCCCGGAAAACUCAAGCUGAACAUCAGACGAGAGCGUUUACUUGAAGACGCUUUCACCAAGAUCAUGGCUGCGGGCAAGAAGGAUUUGCAAAAGUCUAAGCUUUACAUCGUCUUUAAUGGAGAAGAAGGCUUGGACUAUGGUGGCCCAUCCCGGGAAUUCUUUUUCUUGUUGUCACGCGAGUUAUUCAACCCGUACUACGGUCUGUUCGAGUACUCUGCGAACGACACGUACACAGUUCAAAUAUCACCCAUGUCGGCAUUCGUGGAGCGGUACCCUGACUGGUUCCGCUUCUGUGGACGAGUGUUGGGGCUGGCGCUGGUGCAUCAAUACCUACUUGACGUCUUCUUCACGAGGCCUUUCUAUAAAGCCCUCCUCAGGAGUCCCGUGUCGCUGUCGGAUGUAGAGGCGCUGGACGCAGAGUUCCACCAGUCGUUGCUGUGGGUGAAAGACAACGACCUCAGCACCGCCCCUCUGGACCUCACCUUCGUCGUCACAGAGGAGCUUUGUGGCCGCGCUGUCGACAAGGAACUCAAGCCUGGCGGCAAGAACAUUCCUGUCACCGAGAAAAAUAAAAAGGAGUACCUUGAGCGCAUGGUGCGGUGGCGUCUGGAGCGCGGUGUGACGAGUCAGACGGAGGCGCUGCUCAGAGGCUUCCAUGAGGUACUGGAGCCUCGCCACGUGCAGCUCUUUGACGCCAGGGACCUGGAACUUGUCAUCGCCGGCACCCUCGAGAUCGACGUGCUCGACUGGAGGAAAAACACCGAAUACAGAUCAGGUUACCACGACGCGCACCCGGUGGUGCAGUGGUUCUGGCUCGCCAUCGAGCGUUUCAGCAACGAACGUCGGCUGCGGCUACUGCAGUUCGUCACGGGCACCUCAUCCAUCCCAUACGAGGGAUUUGCCGCCCUCAGGGGCAGCAAUGGUCCUCGCAAGUUCUGCAUCGAAAAGUGGGGCAAGCCUUCCAGUCUGCCCAGAGCGCACACUUGCUUCAACCGCCUUGACCUGCCGCCGUACCCGUCGCCCGAGAUGCUGCACGACAAGCUGCUGCUCGCUGUCGAGGAAACCGCCACCUUCGGCAUCGAGUGAGG